GCCUUUGAUUUGUUUAAUUUAUCGAUUUCACUGUGUUCGACGAAAUUUUGUUUACUCAUUGAAUUUUUUAGAUGGCAUGAAAUCUCUCACCGAGUUAUUCGGUUGCUUCAAGCGACAGCCGAGACAACAAGAAGCUUCGUCUCCGGCAAACCCACACGUGAGCGAUACCCUCUCUAUGGGAGUAGCAGCGAGUGGAAUGCCUCCGCCGAAGCGUCCUGCUCCGGCGGAGAGCCCGACUCUCCCCGGCGAAACUCUCGUUGAUGCGCCAGGAAUUCCGCUGAAAGAAGCACUAAAAGAAGCGGCAAAUUCGAAAAUUGUUAUUUUCUAUAACAGUUCAGAUGAGGAAAAGCAAUUAGUGGAGUUCGAGACCUAUUUGAAUUCAUUGAAAGAACCUGCUGAUGCCGAGAAACCCCUGGAAAUUCCGGAAAUAAAAAAGUUACAAGUCUCUCGAGCUUCACAAAAAGUAAUUCAAUAUCUGACUCUUCACACUUCGUGGCCUCUAAUGUAUAUCAAAGGAAAUGCUGUUGGUGGUCUCAAAGAACUUAAAGCUCUGAAGCAGGAUUAUUUGAAAGAAUGGCUUCGUGAUCAUACCUACGACCUGAUUGUCAUUGGAGGAGGAUCUGGAGGUCUUGCAGCAGCGAAAGAAGCUUCUCGAUUAGGCAAAAAAGUCGCAUGUCUGGAUUUUGUGAAACCAUCACCACAAGGAACAUCUUGGGGAUUAGGAGGAACUUGUGUGAAUGUCGGUUGUAUUCCAAAGAAAUUGAUGCAUCAAGCAAGUCUUUUGGGUCAUUCUAUUCAUGACGCGAAGAAAUAUGGUUGGAAACUACCGGAAGGGAAAGUUGAGCAUCAAUGGAAUCAUUUGCGUGAUUCUGUUCAAGAUCAUAUCGCUUCUUUGAAUUGGGGUUACCGUGUGCAAUUGAGAGAAAAGACGGUUACGUAUAUCAAUUCCUACGGAGAGUUCACUGGACCAUUUGAAAUUUCUGCGACAAAUAAAAAGAAGAAAGUUGAAAAACUCACUGCUGAUCGCUUCUUAAUCUCCACUGGUCUUCGUCCUAAAUAUCCGGAAAUUCCUGGAGUGAAAGAGUACACUAUAACUAGCGAUGAUUUGUUCCAACUUCCAUAUUCUCCUGGAAAAACCUUGUGUGUUGGUGCUUCGUACGUCUCAUUGGAAUGUGCUGGAUUUUUGCACGGUUUUGGAUUUGAUGUUACGGUUAUGGUUCGUUCUAUUCUACUUCGUGGAUUUGAUCAAGAUAUGGCUGAACGAAUUCGUAAGCAUAUGAUCGCCUACGGCAUGAAAUUCGAAGCAGGAGUCCCGACAAGAAUCGAGCAAAUCGACGAAAAAACUGACGAAAAAGCUGGAAAGUAUCGAGUAUUUUGGCCGAAAAAGAACGAAGAAACCGGAGAAAUGCAAGAAGUUUCGGAGGAAUAUAACACGAUUCUGAUGGCAAUUGGAAGGGAAGCCGUAACUGAUGAUGUUGGUCUUACAACGAUUGGUGUCGAAAGAGCAAAGAGCAAGAAAGUACUGGGAAGACGUGAGCAGUCGACAACAAUUCCAUGGGUUUAUGCAAUUGGUGACGUUUUGGAGGGAACACCUGAAUUGACUCCAGUUGCUAUUCAAGCUGGAAGAGUUUUAAUGAGACGAAUUUUCGAUGGAGCAAAUGAAUUGACGGAAUACGAUCAAAUCCCAACAACAGUCUUCACUCCUCUCGAAUAUGGUUGCUGUGGACUAUCGGAGGAAGAUGCAAUGAUGAAAUAUGGAAAGGAUAACAUUAUAAUCUAUCACAAUGUAUUCAAUCCACUGGAAUAUACGAUUUCAGAAAGAAUGGAUAAGGACCAUUGCUAUCUGAAGAUGAUUUGUUUGAGAAAUGAAGAGGAAAAAGUUGUGGGCUUCCACAUUCUCACUCCAAAUGCUGGUGAAGUGACACAAGGAUUCGGAAUCGCGUUGAAAUUGGCUGCAAAGAAAGCAGAUUUUGAUCGUCUCAUUGGAAUUCAUCCAACUGUCGCGGAGAACUUCACCACGUUGACUCUUGAAAAGAAGGAAGGAGAUGAGGAAUUACAAGCUUCUGGUUGCUGAGGUUAAGAAGGGUCCAAUUUGGGGGAGAAUUUGGGUUUUGGAAUGAAAUGAACAUUGAUUUUAUUUAGGAUCUCUUUUUUAAAAUAUGAAUUCAAAAAAAAAAACAAAUAAACCUAAAAUCUCAAUGUCAUUUUAUUUCAUCACCUACUCUCUUCAAAAUUGGACCGUCGGUGGUCGCUAGUAGAGGCAGCUUUGUGACGACCUUUGGCUAAACUCCAUCGUGAGCGCCUCUGGUCUGAUGCGCCUCCAAAACGUCCACCACCCCUGAUGAUUUGUUUAUUAUAGUUUGCAUUGUAUUUUCGAAUCUUCAGGGUUGUUUGUUCUUGACAAUUGCCAAUUUUUCUAAGCGAAAAGUUUGAUUUAAUUUUAUUCUACUUGGCAAUUUUCAAAAACGAACAAUUAUUCUCUUAUCCAGUGUUUAAGUAUGUCCUCUCACUUUUUUUUCAAUUUCAAUCCCGUACUUCUUCCCUAUUUUUGGGUAAAUCCAAGCCUUUUUCACUCUCUCUCUUAAAUGCAAUAUUGUUUGGUCAUUUUACCUUUUAUUGUAUGUGUUGUAAAAAUAAAUUGUAUUUUACACCGAAAAA